UGUUCUCUCCAUGAUGCCACAUUUCCCCGCCUGAGCCGCAGCUCCUCCAUCAGACCCAGCUCAGUCAAUGUAAACACGAAACGCGGUGUUUCUCCUCUGCUGAGGCUUUAAAACCAGCGGGACGAGCUUCUCGGAUCCUUUACGGGUUUAUUUAAGUCCUCGCCGGGGAUCGGAGAGCGCCGUCUGGCGGAGGUGGAGCCUGCAUUCUCUAAUCUGUUUCCUGAGACAUUGUCAUUAUGGCAACGGAGGAGAAGAAACCAGAAACUGAAGCUACUAAAACACAGACGUCCUCAGCUGCAUCUGCCAGCCAGAGCAAGUCGGCACCAGUGAAGCCAAACUACACCUUGAAAUUCACAUUAGCUGGCCACACAAAAGCCGUCUCAUCUGUCAAGUUCAGUCCAAGUGGAGAAUGGCUGGCUAGCUCAUCUGCUGACAAACUAAUCAAAAUAUGGGGUGCAUAUGACGGGAAGUUUGAGAAGACAAUAUCUGGGCAUAAACUUGGCAUCUCUGAUGUAGCCUGGUCCUCUGACUCCAACCUUCUCGUCUCUGCAUCUGAUGACAAGACCUUAAAGAUCUGGGAUGUGAGCUCUGGAAAGUGUUUAAAAACCUUGAAGGGUCACAGCAACUAUGUAUUCUGCUGCAACUUCAACCCCCAGUCCAAUCUCAUUGUAUCUGGAUCAUUUGACGAGAGUGUUCGGAUAUGGGAUGUUAAGACGGGGAAGUGUCUGAAGACUUUGCCAGCGCACUCAGAUCCAGUCUCUGCAGUCCAUUUUAACAGAGAUGGAUCUUUGAUUGUGUCCAGCAGCUACGACGGACUCUGCCGUAUUUGGGACACAGCAUCAGGCCAGUGCCUUAAAACACUCAUUGAUGAUGACAACCCCCCUGUGUCCUUUGUGAAGUUUUCCCCCAACGGCAAAUACAUUCUGGCUGCCACACUGGAUAACACUCUGAAGCUAUGGGACUACAGCAAAGGGAAGUGUUUGAAAACCUACACCGGUCAUAAAAAUGAGAAGUACUGCAUAUUCGCCAAUUUCUCCGUCACAGGUGGCAAAUGGAUUGUCUCUGGCUCAGAAGACAACAUGGUUUACAUCUGGAACCUGCAGACCAAGGAGAUCGUACAGAAACUUCAGGGGCACACAGAUGUGGUGAUCUCGACUGCCUGCCACCCCACAGAAAACAUCAUUGCAUCAGCAGCACUAGAAAACGACAAGACCAUCAAACUGUGGAAAAGCGACUGCUAAGCUGCCGCGUGCGCUCGUGCAGGCUUAUUUUAUUAUUGUAAUUUUUUUUGUUGUUUUCCUUUUUUAAUUUUGUACUUUUUGAUUUUUUUGGGGGGAAGACGGACUUUUAUCAUCAGAAAGACGUCGGGCUGGUGGCGGCCUGAUGAUCUUAGCUGACAAGAUAAAUGAUGGUAUAAAUAAGCACAUCUCCAGAGCACCCAACACACACCACUCCUUUUAUCUGUUUCUGUGCACUAAACCAGACUUCACUCUCUAUGCUUUUUUUCCCUCUUUCUCUGUCUUUUUUUCUCUGUCUCUGCCUUACCCAAAAACGAACAACAACAAAUGAGCUGGAUUUUUGCUUUUUUUUUAUUUCAUUUUAUUUUUUUUUAUAUAACCUAUUAAACCCUCAUUAAUAAGCUCCCACUCGUGUAUUUCAGCAAACCUUUAACCGUUGGUCAUUUAGAUCAUUUAGGCAGCUUUAACUGAAUAAACACACUGCUCUGCUAGCUUUUGACAGCCUCUGUGGAAUGACACUAGUAGUUUAGUGAUGUGUUAAUUUUGUACUUUUAAGCUUCGGUUGAAUGGAACAAAUUGAGAAAAUGGUCUUUUUAAAGCUGUUUUAAGGUUUUUGUUUUUCCAACCAUUGGAGCUUAGGAGCUUCUGAGACUGGGAACUAAAAAUAAGCACUAACAUGCUUUGCUACUACCUAUAUCUUUCUAUUUCUGUCUUUAAACUCUAGAUGCCAGCAGUGCAGACGGUGUGCAGAGACUUGCCUCGUGGUGCUUCAAGUACAUUCAGUCAAUCCAGUCGUCCGUUAUGUAUUACCUUAACCCGAUAUCUGUGUUUUUUGAACGGUGCCAAUAAUGAUAAACGCCUGAGUAUAUUUCUGUACGGUAUCCAGAUACACACACACACACAAAACAGACUGAACAUCAUUUCGUUCCACUGUUGUUACAAAGCUGGUUGUUUUUAUGGUUAAAAUGUCUUGCAGUAUGAUUUGUCUUGAGUUACUAUGUGUAGAAAAGUUGAUUUUUUGUCUCCAAUUUGGAGGAUUUUGUACUAAAAGUAAAUACUUGGUUAGUAUCACACAGGCUCAAAUCACACUUUUAUCAAUUAUAUCUUUGUGCAGAUUCUCUCUCUUUCUCUCUCUCUCUCUCUCUCUUUUUCUCUUUCUUUCUUUCCUGGUUUUAUUUCUAUGUGAUUAAGUGCUCACUCAGCAGAUUUUGUAGUGCACAUCUUAAAAAAAAAAAAUAAUAAAAAAGGCCUAAAGAUUUACAGUAUGUAUACAGUAUGCAUCAUCGCCGCCCAAUGAAAAACAUGCAUCUUUAAAUUAGUGGCUAAAAUCUAAAAACGUUUGAAUUGAGUCAGUGUGUAAUAAUAAGAGCAUAUUCCAAGUCAUUUUGUAGCAUUUCGGUUGAUCUGUUCAUCCACAAUAAUAUCUACAGUGUUCAAACAAUAGAGAGAUAAUGCAAAUGAACAAAAAUGGAUACUUGAUUUUGUUGGAGAACAGAGAUAUUGAUAUAACUAUAGAAUUUUGAACGUUUUUAAAUAGCAGUUCAAACUGUAAUAAUAAAACCGUCUAAAUUUACUUUUUCUACUAUUUCUAGAUAAAUGAUUGAGACCUGUGAUUGAUUUUAGCUUUUAAAAAAGCUUUUACAUCACACACAUAUUGUCAUAUGGACAAAAGUGUUGGGACACAUUGGGCUCUUUUAUUGUAUUAAAAACAAAAACAGUUUAUUCUCUACUGCCCAGAGAGGAGUAACGCUAUGAGGAUUUAAUAGCAUUCAGUAACAAGAGUAUUAGUGAGGAUGAUGCCAAGAUGUCUCUCCUAAUCUACAUCUCUCCAACUCAAAUACUCCUAAAACCCUGGCUGAAUUCAUGAGAAGGGAUGUCCACAGGCUUAAAGAGGCAGACAGUGAUUUUGAGACAGUUCUUUAAACGUUGUAUUUGAAGCUGUAUUCUCACUUCGCAGCUUCGCCUCACAGGAAACGUUCUGAAACUUAAAAAUGAUCUAUCUGUACAUACUUGCAGCUUCUCUGUUUUACAGUUUUCCUCUCUUUCUCUCUCUCUGUCUCUCUUUGUCCGGUGGUCUUAACUGUGUCUUCAGUAGAUGGUAUAAUGGUUGUGUUUGUGUAUAUGUUUUAUUUUUCUGCUCAAUUUCUCUCUCUCUCUCUCUCUCUCUCUUUUUCUCUCUCUUUGUCUCUCUCUCUCCUUGGGUUUCAGUGCACUGCAGUGAUAAAGGGCUGCAUGGGGGGGAAAUAACUGCAUCUGUAUUGCAUUAAGUCACUCUGGACCUGACCUGUGACUCAAUAAAGUUUUUUUUUUUCCUUUUUUAUAA